AUGGCCUCCUCCAACUUCCGAACACGCCCUGCGGCGUCUGUGGGCAGGGAGCAAUGGUUUUCGUGGAACGGAGGAAAAGCCCAUUGUCUUCGGUGCACGUCGAGUUUUGUGAACCCCUCUGGCCCUGCUGUUGGCGCCUCGACGGUCUCGCCGCUGAAGCCUUUCUACGACGAGCAUUUCCGUGGGAAGGCUAUCCCGAUAGCCUUCCAAGGAGGACCUCUCUCUCUUCCGGAGUGCAUCAUCCAAAGCCCCUCAGCCGUUCCCUUCGUGUGGCCGAUCACGGUCCCCAUCCUCAACCUAGGAGUGUCCCCAGAUCCGCGAUUGUCCAUCCCACCGGCACCCAGCACCAUUGGCUCUGAGACCACCAGGUAG